GUUAAUAUAUUUUUUUUCUUCCUCCAGAUCUAUCCCUUAAAAAAACCCUAAAUAACAGGGAUCCCGGAUGCAGCCUCGAUGUCCCCCAUUAAACGGUAAUAUUUCAGGCGGCGGCUCACACUAAUCUUUCAAACUGUCAUCGCUAGCCGCCCGGCCAGCCGAUUCACUUAACAGCGCUCCCAGGACCCUCGCUCGGAGCUCUUUUCAGCGAGACGUUUAAUUGAAUCGGAUGUGGCUCGUUUGCCAGACGUCACCGCCUCGGAGAUAGGCAUCCUCUCCCACCCCCAAAAAACAAUCUUCAAAGGCAAGGGGGGCCCCCAGGCUAGGUUAACUGCGGGCAAUAACUGAAACGUGGCCAAAAGCCGUCGCCAGGAAGGGCCUCGGAGAAGACGCUGCUACGCAGGCGUUUCUUCCAGACGAAGCUAACAAUCCCAGGAUCGAAAAUUCAAGGGAAGAUUCCGCGGCUGCAACCUGGGCCUGGAAGCCCCGAGCCUGCCCCGCGGAGCUCCGCUUCCCUUCGCCUUACUCCGAGGGUCCCCGAUUCGCCCUCUACCAGGAGCCAAGCCCUCGAAGUCUCUACUCUUGGCAAGUCCUCGCGUCCCGCCGGUGCCUUCCCUGCACAAGCUUGGGUCGUGGGAAAUCAACGCUUUUCCCCUGACAAAUCUCGCCAUCCCCAGCUGUCAGCCCUGUGACUAUAUUAGGUACACAAAACUGCUCAUCGCGCCUGUCAUCGCGGCCCCCGGCCCAAUGGCAAGCUGAGCCCCCCCUCCUCCGGCCUGGUCCCGCCUCUCCUGCCCCUUGUGUUCGGCGCUACCUGCUGUCUGGCCACAUCCCGAGCAAGAAGGCGGGUGCGCGGGCGGGCGGCAGGCAUCAUGCAGCGAGGUUGCCAGGGGCCGUGGGCAGCGGCGCUCUCUGCCGCCCACCUGGCGCUGUGAGACGGGCGCUGCCACCAUGUUCCCCAGCCCCGCGCUCACGCCUACGCCGUUCUCUGUCAAAGACAUACUGAACCUGGAGCAGCAGCAGCGCAGCCUGGCCGCCGGGGAGCUCUCGGCUCGCCUGGAGGCCACCCUGGCGCCCGCCUCCUGCAUGCUGGCGGCCUUCAAACCCGAGGUCUACACUGGGCCCGAGGCGGCGGCGCCCGGCCUCCCAGAGCUGCGAGCAGAGCUGGGCCCCGCGCCCUCGCCCGCCAAGUGCGCGCCGGCCUUUCCCGCCGCCCCCGCCUUCUACUCGCGCGCCUAUGGCGACCCGGAGCCGGCCAAGGACCCUCGAGCCGAUAAGAAAGAGCUGUGCGCGCUGCAGAAGACGGUGGAACUGGAGAAGCCCGACGCCGACAGCGCGGAGCGGCCCCGGGCACGACGGCGGAGGAAGCCGCGCGUACUCUUCUCGCAGGCUCAGGUGUACGAGUUGGAGCGGCGCUUUAAGCAGCAGCGAUACCUGUCGGCUCCCGAGCGCGACCAGCUGGCCAGCGUGCUGAAGCUCACGUCUACACAGGUCAAGAUCUGGUUCCAGAACCGGCGCUACAAGUGCAAACGGCAGCGGCAGGACCAGACUCUGGAGCUAGUGGGGCUACCCCCACCGCCGCCACCACCGGCCCGCAGGAUCGCGGUGCCAGUGCUGGUGCGCGACGGCAAGCCAUGCCUAGGGGACUCGGCGCCGUACGCGCCCGCCUAUGGCGUGGGCCUCAACGCCUACGGCUAUAACGCCUAUCCGGCCUACCCGGGUUACGGUGGCGCAGCCUGCAGUCCUGGUUACAGCUGCGCCGCCGCUUACCCGGCUGGGCCUUCCCCGGCGCAGCCGGCCGCGGCCUCCGCCAACAACAACUUCGUGAACUUCGGCGUCGGGGACUUGAACGCGGUGCAAAGCCCGGGGAUCCCACAGGGCAACUCCGGGGUGUCCACGCUGCACGGUAUCCGAGCCUGGUAGGGAAGGAACCCGCCCGGGGAGCGCCCGACCAAUCCCAACUCAAGGGAGGGGCACUGACUCUCGGGGUGGGGUGGGGGUGCACCGAACUCGAUCCUUGGUCCCUCCGAGUUCAUAUUCACUCCCGCCAAGGACUUGGGGCUUUUUUUUCCCGUCCAGUGCGCCAUUCUCUCGGCACACAGGAGUUUGUGGCUGCGUUUACACAGCCUGCGGUGAGCAAUCCCGCAGCCUGGUGCCUUAGCUGCCGCCAGGGGAGUUGUCCCCCUGAGCGCCUCCGGGCACCUCCGACGGGCCGAGCACCAGCCAAAUAGGGCUGGGAGCGCGGGGCCUAAGAUCCGGCCACCCUUCCCCUAGCUGGGCCCGGCGCCCGGUUCCUUGGCUACCUUGCCGCCGCCCACCCA